UCUCGCGUGAGUUCCUCCCAGUUCUCGCUUCCACUGGUACGUUCAAAAGGCAUAGUGUGAAAAGAGGAAAGUCGAAAAACGGAAUAUGGAAAAAUGGCUGCAGUUUCUGGUAUAAGAACCCUUAUUCGUAUCCAUCAUUCACUCGUUCUGCAGAAGAGCUUUAGGCAUUCACCGCUACAGCUAGCAACAACCUGCAUCACCUGGAGGCAUUGCAGUGGCAGUAAUGACCCAACGCUGCCAUCAGACACUGAGAAUAAAUCUCUACUUGAGAACCUAAAUGUGUUGGGAGUGGACUUAAAGUUGGUGCGCCAGCGUCAACCAGGUGUUCUUCGAAGGUCCUUCACCAACGAGAUAGGCCUCGCUCAGUUCCUGCAAGAAAAAGGCGCCAGCCGCAAAGCAAUUGCCAGCAUCGUGUCCCGUUAUCCCCGCGCCAUCACCCGGUCACUUGAUCACCUGGAGGAACGCUGGCAGCUGUGGAGAAACGUCUUCAACACAGACGCUGAGAUCGUGAGCAUCCUGGAGCGCUCACCCGAGUCUUUUUUCCGUUCUAGUGACAACGAGGACUUGAAGAAGAACAUUGCUUUCUUGACCUCAUUGGGAUUAAACUCCAAAGACCUUCAUCGGCUGCUGACCACAGCGCCUAGGACGUUCUCCAACACCGUGGAGCUGAACAAGCAGAUGGUGGAGUUUCUUGAAGACAUCUGUCUGGAGCUGGGUGGAAAAAAUCCUGAACAAUUUGCCGCAAGUAUAAUAUCUAAAAACGUGUAUAUGCUAAUCAGAAGUACUAAAAGAGUCAGGACCAACAUUAACAAUCUGAAAACCUCUCUGAUGUUAAGUGAUGCCGAACUGCUAGCUCUUCUGGAGGGAAAGGGAGCAGAUAUUUUGGACCUUUCCAACGACUAUCUGAAGAAAAACAUCCACAACCUUGAGGAGAAGAUGUCCUUACUAGGCUACAAAAACAGCGACAUGAAAAAGCUAAUAUUAAGCUACCCCGCGAUUGUCUACAUCGGCGCAGCCACUCUGAACUCCAAACUGGACUGUCUUUUAAAAGGAGGAAUAACAAUAAAGCAGAUUUUGAAGAAGCCCAAAGUCCUGGACUAUAGCACCCAGAAUAUCACAGAGCGGCUGAAGGAGCUGGAGAGAAUUGGAUAUGACUUUGAGAAAAAUGGGAUCAACAUCCUGGACUCCAGCAAGAAACGAUUUGUAGCAAAGAUAGAAAAACUUUCUGGAUUUUCUGUGGCGUGAAUGCGGCAGAUUUUACUGUGAGAAAAGAUAAAAUAUAUCCGUGCAUGUGUGGCUACAUUAAUCUGCACCCCUAGUAAAGAUAUGUAAAAGGUCUUGUGUACAGUAGAAUAAUUUUACACAAAAAAUAUAAAAAUUCAGUGAAUAUCAGUGAAUUCAAUUUUGGGAUAGAUGUUAAGAAGUAAUUAUUUUAACAAUUCCUUUAAUAGUUAAACUAAUCAUAGCAAUGUCUGUAUUUUUAUAAGUUGAACAAAAUUUUCAAAGUUUUUAUUUAUUGAUUUCCUAAGUUUAAAAUCACAUGCAUCACAGAUGCCAGUUUUUAUUAGUCACUAUGCUGGUUGAGUGAAGAUGAUUGUGAAAGAUCUAGAAACAUCUUCAAGGCUAAUUUUUAGCAUAGCAAAAAGUGGCUUAAGCUUACACAGUUUCCAUGACAACCAUUGGAUGCGACCCAAACAGUUAAAAUAACUUCAGUUAACGCACCACUUUUGUAAUGAUCUGUACACACAUAAGAAUAUCUCACAAGUGGAUAUUUUUGACUUUGCCCAAAGAAAUGUAUAAUCUCUGUAGCUUUAUUUAAAUAGUUUCAGGUGCCUUUUGCUGUUGACUCGCAAACAAAAUGAAGUAAUGCUUAACAAUUGAUCAUGUUUUUUAGCAUGUUACUGUUUAUUAUGGAUGAUUAUUUCUGUAUUAAAGUAAAAACAGACA